AUGCCGACAGCCCUGCACCAGCGCCCGCUCAAGUUCAACCUUACCAUCGACGACUUCGACUCGCUCGUCACGUAUCCCAACCAGUCGCACUGGGCGACGCCGGAUCCAUCUGCGGGCCCGAACGCCACGCUGGCCGGGUGGUUUGACGAGACGUACCACCGCACGAACAUUACUGGGGCAGUGUUCGAGUUCAAAUUCAAAGGGUCCGAGUUCUUCAUCUUUGGGGCGGCGGGCCCGAAAUAUGGCGCAUAUGAGGUGGAUAUCGAUGCAUCCAAACAUGUCCGGAGCGCCCACGCAUGGCGAAACAUCGAACAAUAUCUGCUGUUCCACCAACGGGGGCUUGAGUAUAAGGAGCAUCUGGUCAAGGUCACGAAUCUGGGACGAAGGCGCAAAUGGGAUGGGACAGAUCUGUUGCUCGAUUUUGUGAAGACAACGGUGGAUGUUGCACCACAGGGUGCGCUCCUGACAAACACGACGCUGGAAGAAACGGACUCGCGCCUGGUUUACACCGGAGAUUGGACCGAGAACGUGUACAACCCGCUGUUCUCGGGCGGAUACUCCCGCUAUACGAACGGCGAUGGCGCCUCCGUGUCCCUGACGUUCAACGCGACGGCGAUCUUCAUCUUCGGCGACAAGACGGACCGGCAUGGGCUCUAUAGCGUCUCCCUCGACGGCGGCCCGCCCACGCUGUACAACGGGGUGUCAGGUUGCGGCGGAGCAUUUGCGCAUGCCUGCGAAAAAGACAACACACUGGCGUAUUUCGCAGCAAAUCUGGACAACCGCGAGCACACCGUUACAGUAACCAACAUCCCGGGCGAGCUUGGCGCGUAUUUCGACUUGGAUGCAAUCGUCCUGACGUCCGAGUCCGCGGUCGUUAACGACUCGGCGCCCGUGCACGUGCGUUCCGUGGAGAUCCGGGAAUCGAGCGGCACGCAGGUCCAACUGGCUGCCAACGUCCUCUGCAUGUUUGUGCUCUGGCUCGCCCUGUUCGUCUUGCGCCCAUCGGUCCGCGCGUAG